CCUCUGUGCGAUUGCUGGACACAUUAGGGUCACAAUGAAACGCCGUCCAUGUGCGUCACUCCAUCCUGCGCCACAUGGCUCCGCCGGCCGCCACCAUCGCCGUCCUCGGCGACGACAUCCUGCAGGAGGUCUUCAUCCUCCUCCCAACCCCCGCCGACCUCCUCCGCGCCGCGCUCGCCUGCCAGCCUUUCCUCCGGGUCGCACGCAGCGCAGCUUUCCUCCGCCGCUUCCGCCGCCGCCACCCCUCAACCUGCCCGGUCGUCCUCGGAUGCCUCCUCUACCGCCCCAGCAAGCGCCGCGGGGCCAGCGCCCCUUACCUUCUGCCCGCCGACCUCCUCGGCGCCACGCGCCGCACUAUCGAGGGAGGUGACUUCGCCCUCUCCUUCCUCCCCCGCCGCGGCCGGCCGGAUGGCCCCGGCACCCCGUGGCGGAUCCUGGACUGCCGCAACGGCAGCCUCCUGUUACGUGACGGGGCUUCCGGAGAGCUCGCCGUCGCCGACCCGUUAACCCGGCGCUGGGUUUCACUCCCCGCGCUCCCCGGUGGGCGCCGCGUAGGGUACGCCCUCGUCCCCGACGACGGCGACUCUUCGGCCUUCAAGGCGGUAUGCAUUUCCCGACGCGCUGGAACCACAGAGCUGCGCGCCUUUCUCCUCUCCUCCGCUGAGCUCCGGUGGGCCGACGUGGGUACCCUCGCGCAGCAGCCCAAUCUCGCUGGAUCCCGCGCGAUGCAAGCGAAACGGUCGCUGUACUGGAAGCUAAUGGGUGGGGGGCACAUGGUGGCGCUCAACACCGCGACGAUGGAGCUCACCGUGCUGGCGCUCCCGCCUUUCUUGCGGGAGCAAACUUUCGACGUCAUUGAGAAGGGGGAGGACGGCGCCGGUAAGCUCUGUGUGCUCACAAUGCGUGGAUUAUGCAUUGAGGUUUGGAUCGGUGAGGACGACGGCGCCGGUGGGCUGACAUGGACGCUGUUGGAGAAGUCGGUGAGAUUCUACGGGGCGAUGGAAGCGAUGAUUCUUUCGGAUCCUUUGGACCAGACUCCACAGGGCGAUGUCAUCGGGGUGGCUGCUGGUGUGGUGUUCUUGCGCAGCAGCAGUUGUCUGCUCUCCAUUCAUCUUGAGACCAUGAAGAUGACGAGGCUGUCCCUGGACGUGAAUUGCCCGUCUCCGCUGAUAUAUCCUUACACGAUAGGGUGGCCGCCAGCGAUCUUGAACCCUACUGAACAAGGUGCUUGAUAAGGUCAUGCACAGGGACGAAGCUGAAGCUCUUGCUGAAGAACUAACUUGGCCUAUGGCAGUGAGUCAGGAUGUGCUGAAGCUGUCAUCCCCGUUAUGAGGUGCUGAAGCUGUCAUCCCCGUUAUGAGGUGAAGCUGGAUCAUUUGUUCUGUCAAUUGGUCUUGGUGCUUUUUUUCUCUUCUCUUAUGAAAUUUUGUGCCAUGACGGGGAUGACAGCCUCAACCCUCAAGUUACUCUGGGGUUUUUUCUUGAGUUUAUCUGGGUUAGAGGUUUUGUUGACAAGUACACUGAUUUCGCAGAGACACGUUAUCCUUAUUUAUGUAUGCAUCCACUAAAAUGAUAAGUAUUCCCUCUGUAAAGAAAUAUAAAAGCAUUUACAUAACUAAAGUAGUGAUCUAAACACUCUUAUAUUUCCUUGCGGAGGGAGUAUUUGUUAAAAUUGCUGCUGAUCUUCCAAUGAUAUGUGCCAUUUCUCCCUUUUGCCAUCGCUGUUUCCUCCUCUAUCCUAUCGAAUCUAAUAUGCGCGCACCACUCGAAAGUGACAUCCGUAGUCUGAGUUAGGAGUAAUAACAGAGUUUGGUUGUUGCACUAUGUUCAUUGCACAUAGUUCUACCGAAGUAUGAAAACUAGGAGAAUUUAAAUUCACAAAAAAAUAGUGUAACCAGAAAAAUGAAUUGCAUUUGUAAACGGCCUUCGGAAAUCCUGAAAUAUGCAACUUCUUCUAUAUGUGAUCAUGCUCCCUGUAAUUUUGAAGAAGCUUUGGUCGGACAGAAAGUUAUAUAUACGAGUUAUUACCAGAAUACAAUAAAAUGACCAACCAAAGACCUAUUGAAAAUGGUGGAUUUAUAUUAGUGUAAAUAUCUUGCAAACUGUUAAAUAAUCUUACAAUACUAUGAUGAAGGUGCUAUAAUUAUCUCAUAAUUUUAAGAUGAAUAAACAAUAGUACUCUUGUAGAACACAGUCAGGAUUUUCUGUAAGAUUAGGGUUCCAAGGGGGAGGAACUCUCUCAUGCACUUCCUUGGUACAGAGUAUUUACAGAGUUCCCCUUUUACACAUAAAACCUCUAGCUAUCAUGUUAUACAGCACAAGGGCCACCAACAAAUACACUUGCAGUUCAAAUUCUAACCUUGAUACGAAUCAAAAGGGCUCUGUAUUAUCAGGGCGGAAAUAUGAACAGACGAACCUUUGCAUUGUUCAGAGGGAAAAUAUGAACAAACCAAGCCCAAUCACCUCUCUCAUUUAGUACUAGUACUAGUACUUUUGGUAAAAUUUUUCACUUGGCAAAUUCAUA